AUGUCCGACCCAACCCUCUACCUCUACACUUCCCUUACUGCGGGGUCGUCCCAUAUCGUCACCGCUACUGCACGACUGGAGACGAUCCUCAAGGCCAACAAACUCCCAUUUCGCGCAAUUGACGUCGCCACCGACGAUGCAGCUCGCAAGCUCUGGGGCCGUCGCUCCAAGGGCAAGAAGCUCCCGGGCCUUGUGAAAUAUGGCACAGUUGUCGGUGACUUGGAGGAGAUCGAAGAAUGGAACGAGUACGGUGAGCUGAGAAUGCAGGUUAACAGUGUGGAGGAUAUCGAUAGUCUUCCGGCGACGAGCAGUUCAGCCGCUGCCGCUGCCGAGCCUACUUCCACCAGCACCGCGUCCACCCCCACGCCCUCCGCUGAGCCGGCCGCCCCCAAACAGAGCACCAUCAAGAUCCAGAACCCGCCUGCGAAAGAAGCCCAGAAGGACGAUUCGAUCUCGGUCGCCCUGCGGCAGGCGGGCGAGGAGGCCGCCUCCAAGGCUAAGGAGAAUGCUACCAAGACUCCGACGACGUCUGCAGCACCCGCCGCAGCCAGCGAGGAGAAACAGGCAGAGAAGACUAAAGACACUGUAUGUCACCGGUUGUCGGUGGCUCCUGAGAUCGCAGAGAGUCCCGUCCGGCCGCCUCUGGUUCCAGAGUGCGCCGCAGAAUCCUCUGCCAACUUACGUGCUGAUAACGCUGAAGCUUUAGGCCUGAUUGAGCACCAUCGGGGCUCGAUCGUCUCGGCCACUUCGCCCGAGGAGAAGAGCAGGGUUGCCCAGGACCUCCGCAAGUCCAUAUCCGGUGGGCAAACAGGGUUCAUGAGUUCGACACCGGGCGAAGUGGGGGACACUAUCGAAGAUGUGUCAGAGGACGAGGAAGAAAAGAAGUAG